AUGGUGGAGAACGUGGGCAGCACGAGCCUGGUGCUGGGCCUGAUCGCCAUGGCGGCCGACGUGGAGGGCCUUUACGCCGGCGUUAAGGCGCUCACAUGUGUAGUCAAGACCAACCGGGCAGUCCAGAUGGAGAUGGACCGCUGCCACGGCUACCAGCUGCUGGCGAUGCUGCUGAAGCAGAAGCGGCCGCUGCUCAACUCGCAUAUCCUGCACCUGGUGUUCGGCCUGGUGGGCACGGUGGACGCGCGCCGCGAGAGCAGCGGCAUACCGAACGUCACCGCCUUCACCGAGCUGCUCUGCGACCUGGCGAUUUGGAACGACGCUCCGGCGGAGCUGAGCCGCUCGCUGUACGAACACCUGCUGGAGCUGGUGACGGACUCGGCGGAGGCGCGCGGCAACCUGACCGUGCUGAGAGACGUCAGCAUGACUACAAGGCUGCUGCAGACGCUGCGGGACUGCCAGCUGCCGCGCAACACGCAGCUGGUGGUGCUGAAGCUGCUCUCCGUGCUGCUGAUGAACAGCCCCCGCAAGAGCGACGUCGUCAUCUUCGGCCAGUUCCUGGCCGCCUCGCUGCCGGCGCCGGGCGCGCCGGAGUCGGUCUGGAGUUGUCGGGCGUGGAGCCGGCCGUGGACCCGGCCGCCGCCGCCGCCCGCCACACCAUCCUGCUGCGUAACAAGUGUCUGCGCAUCCUGGCCAACGUGGCGGAGCAAGACCGCCGUGGCCGACCCGGCCCGGCUCGAUGACUGGAUGGCGCUCCUCGGCUACGACUGGCUGCUGCUCUCCUGCAGCUCGCCGCCGCUGCUGGCGCGCUUCCGGGACGGGGGCUGCACCGGCGGCUGGCUGCAGCAGACGGAGGGCGUCAUCAAGUCGCGGCUGGGCGCUGUGCUGGGUUACCACAUGGGCGACAGUACGGCGGAGGUGCACGACGCCACGCUGCAGAUUCCCGGCUUCCAGCAGCUUAACUGGCUGCUGCCCAAGCACACGGAGCUGACCGAGCAGCAGGUGCAGGCGCCGCCGCAGCACACGCUGCUGACCCUGGACACCAUCUGGCUGUACGUGUGCGGCAUCGACCCGGCGUCCGGCGGUCGGCUGCCGCCCAGGAUGACCAUCAUCCCCGAGGCGCUGAUCGGCCUCCUGGAGAUGGUGCGCGCGCACCUGAACUACGAGAGCGCGUCGGAGCAGCCGCUGACGAUCCUGCAGUUUGUGCUGUACCUGUACCACCACUGCGCCGACAUGCGGCCGGUGCUGAUGUCGUCGGAGGUGCUGGCCGUGCUGGCCGGCACGCUCUUCCCGUACCGGCCGGGCGCCGAGAGCAGCCCCACCACGCCGCUCGAUGACCCGCUGUGGCUGAGGCUGGUGGAUGAAAUGCGAACCACAAGUUCGGCCGCGCGCCGACAGGUGUCUCUGAGUGACGCCGUGCUGGUGAGCGCCGCCUCGGAGGGUGUGCUGACGGCGCACCCGGCCAGUAAGUACGUGCUGGACCUGAUCCGGAUCGUGGCCGUGGACUCGCUGUCGCUGGCGCCCAGCAAGACCUCGCCGCCGCUCAUCGACAUCCUGCUGGAGGUCGCCCCUGACAACACGACGCUGGCGCAGCAGAUGUCCUUCCAGACCCGCAUCCUCUCGCUGCUGAUGGACCACCUGACGGCCGCGGACGUGCUGAUCGGAGAGCAAGCGGCGCUACCCAUCUCGCCCGGAGGCAGCGUGCAGCACGUCCCCGGCAACGUGUUCUACUUCGCCGGCCGGCUGGUGGACAAGCUCUGGCAGGGCAUCUUCAAGCGCGACGCGCACGAGGUGCUGGACUUCAUCAUCAAGCUGAUCAGCCAGGCGCGCCGCUGGUCGCAGACGCUGCCGCUGGACGGCGUCUACCACUGCCUGAACCGGGCCGUGCUCUACAUCCUCUCGCGGCCCACCGACUGCGUGGCCGAGCAGCUGCGCGUGCUCGAGGCGCUGCACACGCUGACCAAUCACAGGAGCCUGGUAUUCGGCUCCGGGAACCACGACUCGGAGUUUUUCGGCGCGCUCGUGUACUGCCUGCUGCAGCUGACCGGCGGCCUCAAGAUCAUCAUGGAGGCCGAGUCUCGAACGGUUUGGCACGCGAUCCCGACCUCGCUCGACCCCGAGACCAGUCCCAACACGGCCCAGGGGCACAACCUGAUGGCCAACGCCGCCCGCCGUGUCUGGUGCGAGCUGUACAUCUGGAAACGGCCCGCCGUCGAGGAGGUGUUUAAGGUCAGCCUGCCGCUGCAGAACAGCACGGCGCCGGACCUGGAGGCGGUGCGGGAGCUGCUACAGGAGCCGGCCACGCGGCUCUGGCUGGCCUUCCUCGACGGCGAGAAGAAGUGCUCGUACCGGCCGCCGUGGGAGAUCCAGGCGCAGCUGCAGACCGUCAGCAGCAAGCUGCAGCGCGUGACGGGCGGCCUGACGCGGCUGGCGCAGCGCACGCGCUCGCGGCGCGACGACUCGGUGCGCGCGCGCCACUCGACGCUGACGGCCGGCGAGGCCGACCUCUGUACGCUGCAGCAUAUCGGCCUCGUCCGCGACACGGUGGCCACGCAGUUCCGCCAGCUGAAACAGAGCCAGAAGUACAUGGACGACUUCCUGAUGGACGAGUGGCAGCGGAUGGAGAUGGAGCUGACGAGAGAGCGCGGCCUCUGGGGCCCUGACGUGGGCAGCAGCCUCAGCAAGUGGCAGCUGGACAACACGGAGGGACCGUGCCGCAUGCGCAAGCGCACGAGCCUGGACGUGACGUUCUACCAGCGCUACCCGUACCGGCCCGACCUGGAGCUGGUGGUACACCGCGCCACCAAGUACAAGGUGGCGCGGUCGCGGGACGCGCGCGCCUGGGCCCAGCUGCCGCCGCCGGCAGACUGCGCCGACAUCGGCGAGAAACUCCGACAGGCUGGCAUCCGCGGCAGCCUGCGGCGGCGGCGCAUGACCUCCGACACGGACGAGGACUCGGAGUCGCUCGACCUGACGGAGGCGGCGGCCGAGGCGGCGGCCGCCGACCGGCCGGCCGCCCAGCUGGCCGACACGAGCCCCGACAACCAGACCCUGCUGAGGCUGCUCGAGAGCGGAGAGAAGAUAUCGCACAUGUACCGAUGCGCGCGGAUCCAGGGUCUGGACACAGUGGAGGGCCUGCUGCUGUUCGGACGCGACCACGUGUACGUGGUGGACGGCUUCACCAUGCUCAAGACCAGGGAGAUACGUGACAUCAGUAACCUGCCGGCCAACAUGCACGAGCCGAUCGUGCCGUGCCAGCCCACCGGCCGGCUGGUGAAGGACGUCCGCUCCGUGUCCAAGGUGGCCUACGACGACAUCCGCGAGGUGCUCAAACGCAGGUACCUGCUGCAGCCGAUAGCCGUGGAGUUCUUCUCGGCCGAUGGGCGCAACUACCUGCUGGCUUUCCCCAUCAAGACCAGGAAUAAGAUCUACCAGAGGAUGAUGUCCGUGGCCACGUCGAUGGCUGACACGCAGGAGAGCGUGGCCGGCCAAAAGACGUCGGCGAACGUCGACCAGAGCGGCAGCUUACUCAGCUCGCUGAUGGGCGACACCAGCGUCACGCAGCGCUGGGUGCGGGGCGAGAUGUCCAACUUCCAGUACCUGAUGCACCUGAACUCGCUGGCCGGCCGCUCCUACAACGACCUGAUGCAGUACCCGGUGUUCCCGUGGGUCCUGGCCGACUACACGUCCGAGCGACUGGACCUGGCUGGCGCGGCCACCUUCCGCGACCUGACCCGACCCAUGGGCGCGCAGACGCCCCGCCGCCAGCACCAGUUCGAGAAGAGGUACCGGGAGUGGGACGACCCGACGGGCGAGACGCCGCCCUACCAUUACGGCACCCACUACUCGUCAGCCAUGAUCGUCUGCAGCUACCUGGUGCGGCUGGAGCCGUUCAGUACCCACUUCCUCCGACUGCAGGGCGGCCACUUCGACCUGGCGGACCGGAUGUUCCACAGCGUGGAGGACGCCUGGCUCUCUGCCUCCAAGCACAACAUGGCCGACGUGCGGGAGCUCAUACCGGAGUUCUUCUACCUGCCGGAGUUCGUCGGCAACGCCAACGGCUUCGACUUGGGUCACAAGCAGAACGGCACCGCCCUGGACGACGUGGUGCUGCCGCCCUGGGCCAAGGGCGACCCGCGCGAGUUCAUCCGCGUGCACCGCGAGGCGCUGGAGUGUCCGUACGUCUCGUCCCACUUGCACCACUGGAUCGACCUGAUCUUUGGCUACAAGCAGCAGGGUCCGGGGGCCGUGGAGGCCUGCAACGUCUUCCACUACCUCUUCUACGAGGGCAACGUCGACAUCUUCAGCAUCGAGGACCCGCUCAAGAAGAACGCAACGGUGGGCUUCAUCAACAACUUCGGCCAGAUCCCGAAGCAGCUGUUCCGGAAGCCGCACCCGCAGCGGCGGCUGGCCGGCGGCGGCGGCGCCGUGCUGCACCCGGCGCGGCUCACCAGCCGCCUGCUGGAGGGCGCCUGGCAGCAGGGCCUGGGCGGCGGCGGCGCCGGCGCCGGCGAGCGCCUCUUCUUCCACGGCCUGGACAGUCUGCGGCCCAGCAUGCAGCCCGUCAAAGAGCUGAAGGGCCCGAUCGGCCACAUCGUGGCCACCGACCGCUCGGUGCUGGCCGUCGAGCAGAACAAGUACAUCGUGCCCGGCGCCAGCUCGCGCUACGUGGCCUGGGGCUUCGCCGACCACAGUGUGCGGGUGGGCAGCUACGAGACGGACCGGGCGUCGCUGGUGGCCGAGCUGGUAUACAGCGGCGAGGUGCUCUGCUGCCUGGCGCCGCGUCACAAGCUGAUCGUCACCGGCGGCACCAGCACGGUGGUGGUGGUGUACGAGUACGGCAAGCGGCGGCUGCGCGUAAAGGCGCGCCUCUGUGGCCACACAGAGGCGGUGCUCUCGCUGGCGGCCAGCACCGCCUACUCGCUCAUAGUGUCCGGCUCUCGGGACGGCACCUGUAUCGUCUGGGACCUGUUCCGCCUCACCUACGUCCGCCAGCUGCGCGGACACGCCGCCCCAGUGGCCGCCGUCGCUAUCAAUGACGUGACGGGCGACAUCGCCACCUCGUCAGGCACGUGGCUGCACGUGUGGACGGUGAACGGGGCCGAGGUGGCCCGCGUGAACACGGCCGUCGGCGCGUCCGACCGCAUGCAGCAGAUCCUCUGUCUGGGCUUCAGCCAGAUUAACGAGUGGGACGCCGACAACGUCAUCAUGACCGGCAGCACCGACGGCGUCGUCCGGAUGUGGUCGCUGGACUACGUGCAGGUGCCCGUGGCGAGCUCCUCCAGCAGCCCGGACACCGACUCCGACCUGUCGGCCAGCGGGCAUCUGCGCGUGACGCAGGGCCAGCGGCGCUCCUCCAAGGCCGACGAGAUCGUCCGCAAGAUGUCGCUAGUCAGCGGCGAGCUCUCGCCCCAGGUGCUGCUGCGGUCGGGCUCGGAGAGCAGCCUGUCGGACGGCGGCGACGGCGAGGAGACGGACGAGUCGACGCAGCUGGGCGCGGCGCUGGAGGCGCUGGCCAGCGAGCCGGUCGGGUCCGCCCCGCUGAAGGCGGCCCACAGCCUGGAGACGGCCACCGAGCAGGCGCUGCGCAGCAGCCGCAGUGACACGGACCUGGCCGUCGAGGAGGCCGGCUUCGUGCUGGUGACGGACGCCGACGUGGAUUCGGCCAGCGACCGGCGUCCGCUGCUCAGGGACGGCUUCCGCUGGCAGUGCCAGCUGGUGUUCCGGAGCAAGCUGACCAUGCACACGGCCUACGACCGGAGGGACAACGCUGAGCCGGCCAGCGUCACCGCCCUGGCCGUCUCCAAGGACCACCGGACGGUGUACGUCGGCGACUCCCGCGGUCGCGUCUGGGCGUGGAGCGUCUCGGACGCCGCAGGUCCCUCUGACCAUUGGCGGCGGGACGACUCUGUGCUCUCCUGUCAACUCUGCCGGGUCAAGUUCACUGUGACCGAGCGGAAGCAUCACUGUCGCAACUGCGGAGACGUCUUCUGCGCUAGAUGCAGCCACCACGAAUCGGAGAUCCUUCGUCUGAGGAUCCUGAAGCCGGUGCGCGUGUGCCAGCGCUGCUUCGAUCUCUUGCGACGCCAGUAGCCGCCGCUGCCGC